AAUCAAGGGGGAUAACUGCGUUCAAACGACACGUAUGAUAGUUACGAAAUAAAACUAAAACAAACUUCGAAAAAGUCUUUUUAAAGGAUGUUUAUUGGUUUACAUUAGAUCUAUGCCUAUCUCGUACUUCUAUUACUUCUAGGGUAGCUUGGAUACUGUAGGUGAUAGUAACGACAGUGAAAUUAGUAAAUUUAAAACGACUACGCUCGUCACUACUGAUACUACUACUACUACUACUACUACUACUAGUACAGGUACUAUACUACUCUACUCCUCCUAGUAUUAGAGUUAUAGUCACGCUAGACCGUCUUAGUGGAGGCCUAGAUCUAACUGCCUAAGCCUAAACACUAAUUAUUUAAAAAGUUAUAUAAUAAUAAGGCCUAGUCUAGGCAGAUUCAUGACUGUUGUCCGUUUGCCGUGUUGUUAAUUCUCAUGAAUACCAAUUCAAUAGGGCCUACAUUCAAUUUUCAAUUCAUUAGUCACUAGUAUUAAGCCUAUAUAAUAUAAUAAUUAAUAAUAUAUUAUUAUAUUUAGUCUAAUAUUUUUAACUAAGUAGGAUAUUUUAGGUAUAAAAUUAUAUAAUUACAGCCCGUACAUAAAUUUUGUGGUGAACAAAGCUACUUUAUUGAAUCCCUUUGCAUCUUCGACAAGAAGUCUCAACUCAACGAUCUGCGGUCUCCCCCUUUCACACUUAAUUUCAGCCGGUACAUGCUCCUACUCUUAAAAAGAUGUGUGCAGCUACAGUUACACACUGCGACUGCGGUACUGUGGUAAGAAAAGUGUAAAAAUGAAGAAAACAUUACAAAAUAAUUUUAAAAUAAUGAAAACGCAACGUACAGUUUCAUACUAUAAAUUAUAAAUCAUAGAAUACAAUUUUUCACACUUUAUUUCAAGUUGCACCAAAAAUAAAAUCCAAAAUUUGUAAGAAAAUCAAUUCAAUACUAUACCGGUACUCAUUUUCCGAAAUGGUGGAAAAUUUAAAGAUCAUAAAUAAUUAACCAACCAAUGAAAUUUUAUUUUAAAAUAUUCCAAUCAUCAUAUUAAAUAAAAGUUAUUUCUGUUUCUAGUAAUAGCACAAAAAUAAACAUAAAGGAGAGAAUCCUACACAUGGAGAAGAUUGCAGAAAUUGACAUUAAUUUCAAAUAAUCUGUUGGUUUCAAGGCCUGAAUUAAUAGGCCAUAUAUAUAUUAUUAUUAGUUUAGGCUAGUUUAAGUUAUUAAUAUUAGUAUUAGUACAAGUAUAAAUUUAAUCUAUUCUUAAUGGCCCACUAUACUAGUAAGUAGCAAAUUUAAUUUAGCCUCUAGGCUUAGGGUUACCAUAAGUCCUCAGAUGUUAAACAGGACAAUCAAAAUUGUCAUCAAAUCCCGUUACGAAUGAUAGAUGUAUCAGACUGUAUCAAAAAUACUAAAAUCUUAACCCCAGUUUCAAAAAUCUAUUCUUAGUCAUCACUAUCUCAAUUGGAGAAGACAGAGUAACACUGGACACGGUCGUAUUUGCUUUAAAAAAAUCUUUGUCCUAUUUAUUUAAGGGUCAAUAAAUAAAACUAAAAUAGCACAUAAAGUGCAGAUGAACUGAAAAUCAUGUUCCUCGUGUUAGUCGUGUGAUUGUGGCCUAUGUACCCAUAGGUUAGCCAAGUGUUAAAGCAGCUGAACCAUGCUUCCCAUUCUUUGACCUACAUUUGACAUUUUGACAUGUGAUAAGAGGCCUUACAUUGAAUAAGGAUACAUACAUCUGCCAAGCUGACUUAGCCAUGCAGCAUGGAAGCGGCAUUAAAUUACAUUGCAACAUUUUGAAACAACUUUUUAGAGUACAGUGUACCAUUUUUGCCUUAAGUUAAUGUACGGUAGUGGAAUUAUUUGAUGUUUUAUUAUUUUUAAUGUUUACCCUCGAGUUGACAUAGCAUUUGGUGGAAGGUAGUGUGUUUAUUAUUAAUUAUAAUGCGUGUUUCUAUAGUGUUGGUAUCAGUAGUAAAAAAGUGUUAAUUAUUAUACUCCAGGAUCUGAGAUGUGUGAAUGAUUUAAGAUUAAGAUUGAACAGAAAGUGGUUGUUUUUUGUAAGUUUUUUUUAUCAUGUUUAAAGUACAAAAUAUUUCUUCGUUAUCAGAAAUUAGAAUGAAAUUUAUUUAUAAAGGAACAUUACUUUCUUUCCAGUUUGAUUUUGUUGCACUGCAACACUAUUGAUAUUAUCCUUUUACUUUCGUCAGAUUCGUGGUAAGUGAUAAGUUCACUUAUCGCUGUCCACCAAGCCAGGGAUUUGAUGAGAUUUCUUCUUUUCAACUCCAAAAUUCUAGCUGUGCCUUACAAAUGUUGAAGUGUUGUGAUACAUUUUAACCUGUUCAGAUAUUACAAGAUAGCAGUUUGAACUCCUGACUGAUAAGCCUUAGAAUUAUUUAUCUUGUUCCUUGGGCCAGAACGUAUCUGUCAUUCUUUAUCAAGAUCAAGUUCACAUGAUGUUAACUACCAAGACCAAGUAACACAGAACAGAGAAUUGUGUAUGUACAGCACAUAUUUUUUUUGUGCCAGAACAUGCUGACAUCUCACUACCUCACAGGAUUUUAUUUGUCCCAGUGUUCUCAAGAAUUUGGUUUUUAAACCUACAAUACCGUAGUUCAUCCGAUUUGCAGCCUCUAUUCUAUCCACCUCCACAAUGUCCCAGGCGAAAACUGAACUGAAGAAUGGUGCACCUUCACCCACGUUGCCUACGCCAUCCAUGGCAAGCACCCGCGGUCAGCACAACAUGUACCAGUACAUGUACAACAGCCCAAAGCGUCCAGACGGUAUCUGCCAGAUAGCCUGGCACAAAGUAGAAAAGAUCUUCAUCUACGCAUGGGUCCUCAUACAAACAUUGUUCCUUAUCGCCGGGCUGACCGUGCUUCAUUUCUCGACGUUCAUGGUCAUGGUGUGUUACCUCGUCAAUGGCGUGAUUAAAGGGAGGAGGGAAUUCCUCCCUCAGAAAUGAUGCCAGUUUGGUGGAAAAUGCAACUUGUUGACUGACAUAGAAAUCUAUGUCUUGGUGAUAACAGCCUUGAAAAGAGGAAUAUUCCUUUCUAAUUCAAUUGUUAAAAUCGCUAGACUGACUUGCGAAGAAGUAACACCUCAGAUUUGUUUAAAAAAUGUAUUUUUUUGGUAAGGUGUGAAGUGUUGACUUUGCUGAUACCAGUGGGAAGUGUACAGAAUGAAGGAUGCAUGCACAAAAAAGUUUGAUCCAAAUUUUUUUUUAUAAAGUUGUUUGUUGAAUUUUAAAAAAGAUUUCUCUGCUGAAAUCAAAGGUAAUCAUUAGCCUCAUGGUUUAUUAUUAACCAGGGCCAAUGACUUGUCUGCAUUAAAUCUGCCAUUUUGGUGAGAGCCUUUUGAACUGAUUUCUAGUCAUUGAUUUUUUUUAAAAUUGUUUAGUUAUCAAAUUUUUACGCUUUAACAUACAGGGAGUUUGUUUUUAAAAGAAAUAUUGAAAUAUAAAAGAAAAGAAUUUUUACAUUUUCAGCUUAAAUCUUUGCAUUCUUUUAAUAUUCUUUGCUGACACCAUGUUCUCUCGCAGGCUUAAUGCUUGUUUUAAAGGGCAUUUAUGUGUUGAUGCAAGCAGUAAUUUGUGCUUUAUGUAAGCAAAUCCUUACAAGAUCAAC